AUGAGCACUUAUAAAAAGAAUUAAUAUCAAAGAUAAGUCAUUUGUAAUUAAGCGAAAGAACUCGAUAAAAAAACAAUAUCAGCUGAUGAUGACAAUUCUAAAUUAUAUAGCGCUGCUUUAGAUUCAAGACUCUUAGAAGUUAUCAGUAAGCUACCUAAACAUUUAAAAAAUAAAAGUUAGACAGUUUAAUUCAAAAAACAAAUUAUUAGUUGA